CCCUCACGCUGGUAGCCUGGAGUCUCUGGGACUCCAUGCUUCCUGAGCACCAUCUCUUCAUCUCCGAAGACUCCAGACAUAGAAUCACUCCAUGCAACCCAGAAAGUUGAAGCUUUUGGAUCCAUCUCAGGCUGAUCUUGACAUCUUUCCGGCUCUGCUCUCUUCAACCAGACUUCUCUAUUUCUCUGUGGAAGAAGACUAAAAAUGGUGUUUCCAAUGUGGACAUUGAAGAGACAGUUACUUAUCUUUUUAAACAUAAUCCUAAUUUCCAAACUCCUUGGAGCUAGAUGGUUUCCUAAAACUCUGCCCUGUGAUGUCAGUCUGGAUGUUCCAAAGGCCCAUGUGAUCGUGGACUGCACGGACAAGCAUUUGACAGAAAUCCCUGGAGGUAUUCCCACCAAUGCCACCAACCUCACCCUCACCAUUAACCACAUACCCAGCAUCUCUCCAGCCUCCUUCCACCAGCUGGACUAUCUGGUAGAGAUCGAUUUCAGAUGCAACUGUAUACCUAUUCGACUAGGGCCCAAAGACCAUCUGUGCACCAGGAGGCCACAGAUUAAACCCAGAAGCUUUAGUAGACUCACUUAUUUGAAAUCCCUUUAUCUGGAUGGAAACCAGCUUCUAGAAAUACCUGAGGGUCUUCCUCCCAACCUGCAGCUGCUGAGCCUUGAGGCCAACAGUAUCUAUUCUAUCAUGAAAAAUAACCUAACAGAACUGACCAAUAUAGAAAAGCUCUACUUGGGCCAAAACUGCUAUUUUCGCAACCCUUGUAACGUUUCGUUUUUCAUCGAAAAAGAUGCUUUCCUAAGUCUGAAAAAUCUAAAAUUGCUCUCCCUAAAAGAUAACAAUAUCACAUAUGUCCCUACUACUUUGCCAUCUACUUUAACAGAACUCUAUCUUUAUAACAACGCCAUUGCAAAAAUCCAAGAAGAGGACUUUAAUAACCUCCAUCAACUGCAGCUUCUUGACCUAAGUGGAAAUUGCCCUCGUUGUUACAAUGUCCCAUUUCCUUGUACGCCCUGUGAAAAUAAUUCUCCCCUACAGAUCCACCCGUCGGCAUUCGAUGCACUGACAGAAUUACAAGUGUUACGUCUGCACAGUAACUCUCUUCAGCAUGUGCCCCAAAGAUGGUUUAAAAACAUUAAAAAACUGAAGGAGCUAGAUCUUUCCCAAAACUUCUUGGCCAAAGAAAUUGAGGAUGCCAAAUUUUUGUAUCUUCUUCACGACCUUGUCCAGUUGGAUCUGUCUUUCAAUUAUGAACUUCAGGUCUAUCGUGCAGCUCUGAAUCUGUCAGAUGCAUUUUCUUCACUGAAAAAUCUGAAAGUGUUGCGAAUCAAAGGAUACGUUUUUAAGGAGCUGAGCAGCCAUAAUCUGUCCCCGUUAUGGAGUCUUUCCAAUCUUGAAGUUCUUGAUCUCGGCACUAACUUCAUAAAAAUUGCAGACCUCAGCCUAUUUGAACAAUUCAAAACAUUGAAAGUAAUAGAUCUUUCAAUGAAUAAAAUAUCACCUUCAGGGGAUUCAAGUGAAGUUGGCUUCUGCUCUAGCACCAGAACUUCUGUAGAAGGUCAUGCUCCUCAGGUCCUCGAAACAUUACAUUAUUUCAGAUAUGACGAGUACGCAAGGAGUUGCAGGUUCAAAAACAAAGAGACUCCUUCUUUCUUGCCUUUUAAUAAAGAUUGUUACAGAUAUGGGCAGACCUUGGACCUAAGUAGAAACAAUAUAUUUUUUAUCAAGUCCUCUGAUUUUCGGCAUCUUUCUUUCCUCAAAUGCCUAAAUUUGUCAGGAAAUACCAUUGGCCAAACUCUCAAUGGCAGUGAAUUUCAGCCUUUAGUGGACUUGAAAUACUUGGACUUCUCGAACAACCGGCUUGAUUUACUCUACUCAACAGCAUUUGAGGAGCUACGCAACCUGGAAGUUCUAGAUAUUAGCAGUAACAGCCAUUACUUUCAAUCAGAAGGAAUUACUCACAUGUUAAACUUUACCAAGAAUCUGAAAGUUCUGAAGAAACUGAUGAUGAACAACAAUGACAUUGCUACCUCCACCAGCAGGACCAUGGAGAGCGAGUCUCUUAGAAUCCUGGAAUUCAGAGGAAAUCAUUUGGAUGUUUUAUGGAGAGAUGGUGAUAACAGAUACUUAAAAUUCUUCAAGAAUCUGCUGAACCUAGAGGAACUAGACAUCUCUGAAAAUUCCCUGACUUUCUUGCCUUCUGAAGUUUUUGAUGGCAUGCCUCCGAAUCUAAAGACCCUCUCCUUGGUCAAAAAUGGGCUCACGUCCUUCACCUGGGAAAGACUCCAGUAUCUGAAGAGUCUAGAAACUUUGGACCUCAGCCACAACAAGCUGAAGACUGUCCCUGACAGAUUAUACAACUGUUCCAGAAGCCUCAAGAAACUGAUUCUUAAGUAUAAUCAAAUCAGGCAUCUGACAAAGUAUUUUCUACAAGAUGCUUUCCAGUUGCGGUAUCUGGACCUCAGCUCAAAUAAAAUCCAGAUUAUCCAAAAGACUAGCUUUCCAGAAAAUGUCCUCAACAAUCUGGAGAUGUUACUUUUGCAUCACAAUCAAUUUCUGUGCACCUGUGACGCUGUGUGGUUUGUCUGGUGGGUUAACCAUACAGAGGUGAUCAUUCCUUACUUGGCCACGGAUGUGACUUGUGUAGGGCCAGGAGCACACAAGGGCCAGAGUGUAGUCUCUCUGGAUCUGUAUACCUGUGAGUUAGAUCUGACUAAUCUGAUUCUGUUCUCACUUUCCCUGUCCGUGGCUCUUUCUCUGAUGGUGAUUACAACAGCAAACCACCUUUACUUCUGGGAUGUGUGGUAUAGCUACCAUUUCUGUAAGGCCAAAAUAAAGGGGUAUCGGCGUCUGACAUCCCUGGAUUCUUGCUAUGAUGCUUUUGUUGUGUAUGACACUAAAGAUCCCGCGGUGACAGAAUGGGUUUUGGAUGAGCUGGUGGCCAAGUUGGAAGACCCGAGAGAGAAACAUUUUAAUUUAUGUCUUGAGGAAAGGGAUUGGUUACCAGGGCAGCCAGUUUUGGAAAACCUUUCCCAGAGCAUACAGCUUAGCAAAAAGACGGUGUUUGUGAUGACAAACAAGUACGCAAAGACUGAGAACUUUAAGAUAGCAUUUUACUUGUCCCAUCAGAGGCUCAUGGAUGAAAAAUUGGAUGUCAUUAUCUUGAUAUUCCUUGAGAAACCCCUUCAGAAAUCCAAGUUCCUCCAGCUCCGGAAAAGGCUCUGUAAGAGCUCUGUCCUUGAGUGGCCAACAAACCCACAGGCUCACCCAUACUUCUGGCAGUGUCUGAAAAAUGCCCUGGCCACAGACAAUCAUGUGACCUAUAGUCAGGUGUUCAAAGAGACAGUCUAGCCCUUCUUUGCAAAAUGGGACUGCCUAACUUAACCAGGAGAAGGUUGGCUGCCUAGAUUUUCCAAUAAAUGGCUCACUAGAAGGGUGUUUUCUAAUUCUCUUAAGACCGGGAUGGUCCGUUAUCAGAGAGGAGAGUCACAGUGACAAAGAAAUUGGAACAAUGGACUUUAUAUAAUGCACCGAGUCAUCUUUCUUAUCUCUCUGUGACUCCAUUUGCACUUGAGCCUCUCCUUUCCGUUCCUGGAUAGGUACUAUUGGGAGAAGCCCGGCAAGGAGAGGACACGAGGCUCUGAUUGUCCCAUAACUCUCUUGUGAUUAUGAAAUAUACACACAAUCUCGAAAUACUGAGAAUUGUACUUCUACCCAUAACAAGUACUGGUAUGUCUAGAAAUGGGUAAAAGAUGCUCAGGGUCUGCGUCUGUGACAUUACAAUGUACCAGAGUUAGUGAAAUGAAAACAGUCAACUCCUCAACCGAUGGCUUCUGUAUCACCCAGCGCCCCCUUCUGUGUAGACUGAGAGUUGGCUUCCGACGGGUUGUUGCCUAGGUGCCACUCUCUCUCUGCCGUUGGGCCUGUUGCAGGGUUCCGUGUGGAAAUAGUGAAAAACAUCUAUACCACUGAUGGACAUAGUGCACUUACACAUGGAAAAAAUUAAAGUGAUCUGCCUUUAUACAAAGUGAGGCUCUUUCCCUUUGAUGAUAAUUUACCUGCUUAAAUAUUGCUAUGGACUGAAUGUUCCCUCCCAAAUUCAGAUGCUGAAAUCCUAACCGCCCAUUGUGAUGGUUUCAGGAGGUGGGGCCUUUGGGAAGUGAUCAGGUCAUGAGGGUGGAGCCCUCAGGAAUGGGAUCAGUGCCUUAUAAGAAAACAGCAGAGACCUAGCUUGCUGUGUUCCCACCGUGCCCGUGUGAGGCUACAAAGAGAGGUCAACAGCCCACAGCUCGGAAGAGGGCCCUCCCCAGAACCAGACAGUGCUGGUACUCUGAGCCAGGAGUUCUGUCCUUCAGAACUGUGAGAAAUAAGUUUGUGUUGUUCAAGUCACCCGGUUUAUGAUGUUUCCUUAUGUAGCAGCCUGAGGGGACUCAAACAAAUAUUUUUAUCUGCCUUGCGAAGUUCUGUGUCCAAAGUAACAUUGUCUCAUGCAAUGGUUCUUUCAGACUGCUUUGCUAGCUAAUAUGGUGUAUCUGUAAUUAUCUGCCAACUUGAUCUGUCAACAUUAGAUGGUUUUGAUAGUAAACUCUGCAGGAGGACCCUGAGAACAUUUAUUUAUUUACAGUUAAUUGGGCAGGGAUGACAAUUAUAUGGAUUCCUUUACACUGCAGGGAGGAGGAAGGGAGAGGAGAAACCGAGGUUUACAGACCUCAACGCUCAGAAGGCUUCAGUCUUGAACGCCAACU